UCCUAGAACUUUCCAUCCUCCGUUCGUUCGUUCUUUAAUCUGCAUAAAUCUUCUCCUGAAUGAUCAAUCCCAAACCACCUAUCUGUAUUUCUUUUUAUGGAAGAUCAAAUCGAUUGGGACGAUCUUUUUGAUGAUACUUUCUUCGACUCAUCCUCUAUCCUUCCAACUUCGUCACCAGAUCAUGGGGACAACCACUUUCCGCUCUCGCUCCAUGAUGUCGAGCAGUUGCUUUUGAAAGAUAACGACGAAAUUCCUACCGGAGAUGCCUUCAAUUCCGCUCAGGAGACGCCAGAUGGCUUUUUUCAUGAUAUUUUGCUUGAUUCGCCUUUAGACGGGGAGAGAUCCGGUGAAGUUGUCGAUGUUUCUGAUGGUGAUAAUUCCAUCGAUGAGCAUAUUCAUAAAGCCAUUGAUGACCAAAAAAUUGAAGCUGUUGACGAUCACAAGGAAGAAAAACAGAAUUCUGAUGAUGAUCCCAACGACCCCCUUGCCAAAAAGAGGAAAAGGCAACUGAGGAAUAAAGAUGCAGCUCUAAAGUCUCGAGAGAGGAAAAAGAUGUAUGUAAAAGAUCUGGAGUUGAAAAGUAGGUACUAUGAAGGGGAAUGCAGGAGAUUGGGGUCACUACUCCAGUGCUUUAUGGCGGAGAAUCAAGCACUGCGCUUUUCGUUGCAUAGUAAUAAGGCAUACAAUGCUUCCAUGACCAAGCAGGAGUCUGCUGUGCUCUUGUUGGAAUCCCUGCUGUUGGGUUCCCUGCUUUGGUUGAUAGGCAAUGUUUGUCAGCUCGUCCUUCACCACCACCCAAGUCUACUCCUACAAGUGAGAGGAGAAAAAGUACCAAGUCUAAAAAGUCUGGUUCUGGUGAAGCUGGGAAGUCAAAGAAGGUGUAGACUUUUGGUGGGCAAAGGAUACAAAGCAUCACGAUCGAGGAUAAGGAUGCCAAUUAACAUGAUAGGGUUGGUUUUUUGACUCAUUUUGUUUUUGUCAUAUAUUCUUGUUGGAUAGAUAAUAAAUAUUAGACCAUGCGUAGUAGCUAGGUGUUAUUGUUAUGUUUAAUCUUCUACUCUCUUUAUUUUCUUGUUUCUGGAUGGUGGUUAUUUAUGUUAAACAUUUUGCAUAACAAGAUAAGGCGGAUCCGUUUUUUUUUUUUUGUUAACCAUGGUGUCCUCACCGGUUUGUAACUAAUCUCGGGGGUAUUGGAGAACAAUGGCAAGUGAUCUUGCAACC